CAUUAUCCUACCCACCCAACAGCUCGACGACGUUGCUGCUGCAACCAAACUCAAGAUGAGAGAAGAACGUCAAUACGGGCCCAGUAGGAGCGAGGCUACAGCUGGAAGCCCGCCCCCGGUCCCUGAUUGGCUGAUCUCCGUUUGUUGCUAUCUGCAUCUGUGAGGCCAUAUUUAUGCUUCUCUUGAAAGGAUCUCCCUCACGCUGUUCUUCUGUGCCUUCCAUAAAUAUUUCUGACUGUCCUUGAGGCUUGUUUGUUUCCUUCUGGUUCAUACAAAUUAUUACAGCAGAGCAACCAUGGAUCUUAAGACAGCAGUGUUCAAUGCAGCUCGUGAUGGUAAACUUCGCCUUCUUUCCAAGCUACUGGAAAACAAAGCAAAGGACGAAGUUGUGGUGUUGAUGUCAGAAAAAACAAAUGGAGCCACUCCUCUUUUAAUGGCAGCCAGGUAUGGACACCUGGAUAUGGUGGAUUACUUACUGGAUCAAUGUAGUGCAUCUGUUGAGAUUGGGGGCUCGGUUAAUUUUGAUGGUGAGACAAUAGAAGGUGCUCCACCUCUCUGGGCUGCCUCUGCUGCUGGGCACCUAAAGGUAGUCCGGUCACUACUCGAUCAUGGAGCCUCUGUGAACAAUACAACUCUUACCAACUCCACACCAUUGCGGGCAGCCUGCUUUGAUGGGCAUCUAGAGAUCGUCAGGUUCCUGGUAGAACACAAAGCUGAUUUGGAAGUAGCCAACCGCCACGGGCACACCUGUUUAAUGAUUUCUUGCUACAAGGGUCACAAAGAGAUUGCUCAGUUUCUCCUGGAGAAGGGCGCCGAUGUAAACAGGAAGAGUGUUAAAGGUAACACAGCCUUACACGACUGUGCUGAAUCUGGAAGUCUGGAAAUAAUGCAGAUGCUUCUGAAAUAUGGAGCCAGAAUGGAGAAGGAUGGCUAUUGCAUGACCCCACUACUUUCUGCCAGUGUCACUGGGCACACAAACAUUGUAGACUUCCUCACUCAGCACCCACAGACUAGCAAAAAUGAGCGAAUUAAUGCACUUGAACUACUGGGAGCAACAUUUGUGGAUAAGAAGAGAGACCUCUUGGGUGCCUUAAAGUACUGGAAGAGCGCUAUGGAUAUGCGAUACAGUGAUAGGACUAACAUUAUCAGCAAGCCUGAACCACAAACUUUGAUUAUGGCGUAUGAUUAUGCAAAGGAGGUAAAUACGGCUGAAGAGUUAGACAACCUCAUUGCUGAUCCAGAUGAGAUGAGAAUGCAAGCCCUUCUAAUUAGAGAACGCAUUUUGGGUCCAUCUCACCCAGAUACAUCGUACUACAUCAGGUACCGAGGGGCAGUCUACGCCGACUCUGGAAACUUUAAAAGAUGCAUCAAUUUGUGGAAGUAUGCCCUGGACAUGCAGCAGAAUAACUUGGAUCCGUUAAGUCCAAUGACUGCGAGCAGUUUGUUGUCUUUUGCAGAACUUUUUUCCUUCAUGCUUCAGGACCGGGCAAAAGGCCUGUUAGGAACGACGGUUACAUUCGAUGAUCUCAUGGGGAUACUGUGCAAAAGUGUCAUGGAAAUUGACAGAGCUGUGAAACAAACGGCACCACUUCCUGACCAAGUCCAGCUAAACAAGGCCCUCUCUAUUAUCUUGCACUUGAUCUGUUUGCUGGAAAAGGUACCGUGCAGCCCUGACCAAGAGCAUUUCAAAAAGCAGAAUAUUUAUAGGUUCCUUAAGCUGCAUCCCAAAGGAAAGAACAACUUCAGCCCCCUCCACCUGGCAGUAGACAAAAAUACGACGUGUGUUGGCCGUUAUCCCGUUUGCAAAUUUCCGUCAUUUCAAGUGACUGCCAUCUUACUGGAGUGUGGCGCAGACGUAAAUGUCCGAGACGCUGAGCAGAACAGCCCGUUGCACGUCGCUGCUCUUAACAAUCACCCGGAUAUCAUGAAUCUGCUCAUCAAAUUGGGAGCCCACUUCGACUCUACGAAUUCGCACAACCAAACCGCCUGUGAUUUACUGGAUGAGAAAGAAAUGGCAAAGAACUUGAUCCAGCCUAUCAACCACACUACCCUACAGUGUCUCGCCGCGCGCGUGAUCGUCAAACACAACAUACAGUACAAACAAGAAAUCCCCGAAAAGCUGGAAAGCUUUUUAUUGCUUCAUAGAUGAUGCUUUGCUGGGACCUCUAGUAUUCCCGAAGGACGUGCUCUAAUACUGUUGGUUUCUUACUCAAGCUCUUUUGACGUGGCACACUAACGCUUCAGCUCGUUUUCUCACAAUCUGAACGGCUCUGACAUCCGCAUCGAAAUCAACAUUUUAAGGAUUUGGUAUCCAGGUUUAUACAUAAAUUUACUAUGCUAUGUAACAUUUGUUUUUCUCUACCUGAUCUAAAAUUGCAGUUGCUACAUCUGGUCUCUCAAAUUCAUCUGCCAAAUUCCAUUAUUGUUUGGUUUGCAGGUUUUUUUUUCGCCUGUUGGUGGUAGGGGAAUAAGCAUUAUCAUCUGUAUGCCUGUGGAUUCUUUGCUUCUAUUUGUCUGUAGAUUCUAACGUGUAUGGUAAUCUCUGCUCUCGUUCUCUCUGACCCUUUCACUCAGUGUGUGUGAAUGGAUGUCUCUCUUUCGAUGGCCCAUCGCUAAAUUAUAAAAGCUUUAUGAACAUAAUGUUGCAAAUACCAUAAGUGCUUUAUCUCCUCUAUGCACUGGCUCAGACAUGACUGUUGUGUGUUUGCAUACUUCUAUGCACCAUUCUGAGAACCCAACUUAAAUGACGCUUCACUGAUUUGGUUCUUCUUCUUCCAAAAAAAAAUAACAAUUGCAUGGCCAUGUUUGGCACACUCUAUCCGCUUUAUCCUUUAUUUUGUAUGUUAUUCUCACACCACACAGGCUGUUUUUGUUUUUGCUUAUGUAUUCCCUUACUUUAGUAUGGAAACAAGAGAGGUUGUGUGCUUCAGCAACCUUCUUGUGCGGAGUGCCUCAUUUCUCUUUCACUCAGUACAUUAACAUUAAAGGAGAAUUCAACCCAUAAUAA